UCACAAAUGAAUGCCAAGCAGAUCGACAACAACAAAUCGGAUGUUAAUUGCGUGAACAGUGCAUGUGAAAACAAACUGAACGGAGUUGGAAGCAUAACGCAGUUAGGGACGCGGACGAUAUAUAUUUGCUUUAUGCAAAUGUUUGGCAUGAAAUUUAUUUAUUUAUUUUUGUCUCGCCUUUACGAAGUAAAAAAUAGGUGAGAUAUAGGUAUUAAUUUUCUGAAGGUAGUUGCAGCGACGGUGGUAUCAACUUUUGCAUUAAAGUUUAACAUUAGAGUUUUGCGUUUACAUCAGUUUCUCACAAACUAUAAACCCUAUGGGUAUUCGUCGCAGUGCAUGUGAAAAGAAUAAAACAAAUUAUUAAUAAGAUAUUUUUAACUGAACUUUUGCGUUAACUUGGACAUUAAAGUUCCACAGAAUUCUUUUUCUUUUUUGUAUGUGUGUGUGAAGAAAAACCAACCAUGAGCAGGGUUAAUGUAAAAUUGCUUGAGCCAGGAGCGGUAGAUUCCCAAACCUCAACCUUGAGUGAAUUAGUUGACGAGCAGCUAUUUAGAAACAUGAGACAAGGAAAAAGAAAACUCUCGGUAGCUCAAGUAUUCACAGCACGGAUGAUCGGUAAUAUCGAGGAAGACCAGAAAAAGGCACCAAAUAAGGAAGAAGAUAACUUUUUUGAAAUUGGUGAUAAAACUUUGGCCUCGACAAAAAAAUGCUUCCAAAGAUGGCAUGUGAAAGCCAAAGGUAAACAGAAAGAUUUUAGACUUGUUUGGAUUCAUUUAAAGAAAUGGUAUAGACGAUUGAACAAUAAGGUACCAGAAAAUCCUAUCCUCAACAAACAGAUCAAGGUAAUGGAAGGACAUUUUGGAUCAGGUAUUGGCACGAUGUUUGAGUUCAUUCGAUGGGUACUUGUGUUGAAUAUAGGACUUUCUAUUAUUUGGGCCACUUUUAUUGUCUUUCCCAUGGCUGUGAAAUUUGACUACUCUUCUCCAAAGCAAAAUUUUGCCUACAAACACUUGCUUAAUGGACAGGGACCUGUUGGUACAUCAUGGUUCUUUUUUGGUGCUUACCUCCCGUGGGUUGAAAGAUAUCAUAUGGGCCUUGCAUAUUUGCUUGUUAUUUUGGUCACUUAUUUUGGAAGUCUUUUGAUAAUACUAUUAAGCAUAGCUGCAUCUGAAGAGCCCAUAAGUGGAUCAAAAGAGUUUAAUCAAAAGUAUGCAUAUUCCCUGAUAUUGUGGACAUCUUGGGAUCACUCAGUCACGACAGAAGAGGCUACUACCAACCUUAGCAAGGGCAUUGCUAGUGCUUUUAAGGAUCACCUGUACGAACAGAAGGUAAAAGAGAGGAAACUGAGUAGAAAGGAAAAAGAUCCACAUGCUUUUGUAGCCCGCCGCUGCCUGGCUUGGUUCAUAACAAUUUUUCUUACUGCUGGUGGAUGUACUGGAAUCAUUUUCCUGGAAAUAAUACUUCAAGUAAAUCGGUCUCAAAAAGAUGAAGAUGAUAUGGCAUUUUUGAGGACAUACUUUACACCUGUCUUUAUCAGUCUGAUCAAUGUUAUUGUUCCUUUCUGUAUAAGAAUGCUUGCCAAGAUAGAACACUAUGUUUCUGGACAAACGGAACUGAACAUCACAGUUGCACGAAUCUUCGUUCUCCGAAUGGCCCAUCUAGCCACCUUGAUAGCCUCAGUGUAUUAUAGAUCAUCAAGGAUGUUUGUUCCAGAGCAAACCAUCAAGAUCAAGUCUGAAUUUUGCACAGGAACAAUCAUUGGACAAGAGCUUUAUAAGUUAGUCAUUAUGGACACCAUUGUUCAGACUGUAGCUGAAAUGGGUCUGUAUUUUGGAUGCUAUUUCUGGACGCAACAGAAAGAUGAGUUCAUUAUUUCUUCAUCUGUGUUGGUCCUCAUUUACAGACAGAGUUUAAUCUUGUGUGGUUCAAUUACCUGCCCAGUGCUUCCUUUGAUAGGGGUGCUCUCAAUAUUGGAGUUUUUCUACCUCAACUAUAUUAUUAUGCUGUAUACAUGCAAGCCACCAAUCAAACGUUGGAAACAGUCCCGCAAGACCCAGUUCAUCAUGACCUUUUUGCUGUUAUCUAUUCUGUGCUUGAUAAUUCCAGUUUCAAUCGUUAUUGGAAGUGAUGCUAUUAGUCUUGGUGCUACAGAGAAACCUGGUGUUUUUGUUGGACCCUUUAGAGACACUAGGGUGCCAACUGAGGUUGUAAACCAUUUUGUGAACAGUAUUGAAUCAAAGACAAUGCAAAGUAUUCUCCGAUGGCUUGGUUCACACACAGUUAUGCUUCCUCUUGUUUUGAUGCUAUUAUGUCUUCUCUUUUAUCAGUACAAAAGAUUUAUUGGUGAACAUAAGCAUGCUCUCAUCCUUCAAAUUGAAUUACAGCAGGAAAGAGCAGAUAACAAGCUUCUUGCAAAGAAACUUUAUGAACAAAUACAUACGGAAUAAUUAUUAACUACAUUUAUCCUAUACCUUACCCAUGAUUUCCAUGUCAUAAACCUGUGUGAUA